CUUUCUUUCCUAUGCUUAAAUUUUUUAUUUCUUGGUACAACUAUAAGCCCACUACGUAUAUACACUUCUCCUCUGCGACUCAGAUUGAGCUUAGUAAAAAUCCUAGGCCGCAGCGUUUGAACUGAUACCAAACGGAUCAAGCUCCCUCGACACAUUGCAUGCUUUCCUCGUCCUCGCAAACCACAGAGAUUCAUCAGCGAUGAGCCGAUGACUCUAGGUUUAGGGCACACCGGCCAACUCGAGAAGAGAAGAGAGAUUCAUCGGCGACGAAGCUAGGUUUAGGGAACACCGGCCAACUCGAGAUUAAGUUCUGUAAUUCAGGAUCUCGUGUUCACAAUCGCUCUAGCCUGCGUCCUCUCGAGUUCCAAUCAUGACUUGCUUCUGCCUCUAGUCUCACGAGUUCUGAUCGUUCCACCAAGCAAUCGGCACCAACCUCCACCCCUCUAGAAUCCAUAUCUAAGCUCCUCCUAUUCACCAAGAAUCGGUCCACCACCUGCAUCACCACCUCCAAUGCAGAGCUCCACUCAUGAAGAUAGAGAUGCAUGUGAAACACUCUAAUUAACCAGUCAUGAGGAUAGGUCAAGCUGGAAUAUGCAAAGGCUGAAUUAUCUUUUUUCAGCAGAGGAGAGGUAAUCUACUCUCAACAUUGCUCUAUCUCGGAGACCUGUGCCAGAUGGAUUUUGGUGGACCGGUGAUUCACAGGGUGCCUACACGGGCAAAAGUGGUUAUAUACUUUUGCAAGGGGAACAACAAAAUAGUGGUUGGGUGGGGUGGACCAAGAUGUGGAAUCUUUCUAUCCAACCAAAAAUUAAACACUUCUUUUGGCAGGCGAUGACAUAAGUCCUUCCAACUGCAGACGCGCUUCGUAGAAAGCAUGUGGCGGUUCUGACCGAAUGCAAAUUCUUCUCUACUCAAGAGGAGUCACUUAUUCAUAUUUUUAAAAAUUACAGGUUUGUAGGAGAUGUGCUCAAAAAAUUGGGUAGCUAGUUUCAAUAGCAAGGGGAGGAUUUCAUGGUAUGGAUGCAAUGAAAUUUUGACAACCUGAGUGAGGAUGACUUUGCAUUUUGAUAGUGACACUGGAGUAUUUGGAAAUCAAGAAAUUUACUAGUUUGGAACGGUACUCAAACAAGUGAUGAUCAAGUCAUAUUAGUGGGAGCGGCUAUGCUGUGAGGAUGGUGGGCUGCUCAAGGUCAGACGAAAUCAACACACAAGAAUGUGUGCAUACCAGCUAGGUGGCAACGUCCCCGGCCAGGCUUUCUUCAAAGUAAAUGUGGACGGCGCUCUGGACUUCGGACAAGGUGAGCGGGCAUGGGGGUGGAUUAUCCCGGAUGGUUCUGGAAAUUUUGUGAGUGUAGGUAGUGUUAAUUGUACGACGGAUUGGCCGGUUCAUGUUACAGAGGCAUUCGGCCUUAGAGAACUAUUUUCAUGGGCAAAAGCGCAGAGAUGGAACAAAGUUGAGGUGGAGACAGAUGCUUCUCUCAUCACCUCAAGACUUGAAGAUGACUCAGGAGAAUCUUACUUUGAUCUCAUUAUUGAUGAUAUUAGACAUAUGCCUCAUGGUGAGGCUAACAUGUCCAUUAUUCCGUGUAAACAAUCCUCGAAUCGGGUUGCUCACACUCUAGCGAGAGCUGCUCUUUCUAAAGCGGAUGACAAUCGGGUUGCUCACAUUCUUGUAUUUCCAGCAGUCUGGGGAAUGAUAUGUUAUCUUAAUAAAG